GCAAGAAAAAUUACUCUUUUUACUUUAAAAAUCGUAACUGACACUUAGAAAAUUGACGACACGUAUGAUAAAAUUUAUUAUUUGGAAUGUUAAAAUUCCCCAUAUUGAUACCCGGGUUCCGGGUUAUAAUUUCAAACACUAAUUUUUAAAGUUAAUUUUUUUUCGUGUAAAAUAAACUCAUAAUUAAAAAAGAAAUUUACGUUCAAAUGGAAUUUAAAAUAAAAUUGAAAGUACGAUAACACAAUUUUCGAAAUUAUUGAUACUUGUACGAUGCCUGGUACGAAAUAACUCCAUAUAUAUAUGAAUAUAUGUAUAAAUAAGAGUGAACCGGCUACCACGCAAGCUCUUAUCACGCACAAAACUACUACCCCAAAGAACUUUACCCUCCUCGAUGCAAUUUUCCUUGAAUAAAAACUAUUUAAAAGCUACCGCAUACUAUAAAUGUAAAUGUCGAUCUUACAACCCCCAGUAAUUCUUAUCCGCAGCCUUUCCUCGCUCUUAAUCAACACCCUAUCGAUUUUUAUGACAGUGCUGUCAUAAAAAAUAUUCCAUCUGCAAUGCAGAGCGAAUCGAUUGGAGGUGUUUGAAGAAAACGAGUUUAUUUAAUUAUGAAAAAAAGGAAAUUAAUGAAUGAUAGACAAAAAAAAAUAGAGAGUGUUCGAGAUGAUGUUUAAAAGUUAUCAAGGUGAAGCGGUUCACUGGUGCGCGCUGGUUGCUGCUUAUUCACGAUGCAUGCCAUAUACACUGGACACUGUCCCACCUUGAAAUUUCGAGUAGGAAAGCGAUUCGGCGCUAGUACAGAGGAAAUAAUGAAGAUGAUUAAAAAUAACGAGGAAGGCCGUCAAAAGAGACACGAAUUGUUGGAUAAAAAAAUUCUCAAGACUGGGCCAUACAGACCCAAUUCAGGCAAAGACAUACUACUGCCAAUAGCACGUGAACGUGACGUAAGAAGGGACUGGAAGAACAACGCGCAGAUGUAUAAAACACCCCCAUUUAUAUUGGGCUACACGGGUUACAUUCCAGGAUUUAAUAACAUUUAUGGUCUUCCAUUCAUGCAAGCUGUUGAAGAGGGUGGGAAAGAUUGGCGGGAAAUGCAAAAUAAAUUACGCGCUCGACGUGACGCAAUGCGCGCUCAUGUUGAGAGGACAAAUCCACGUAAUUUAUUGUCACGAGCAAGAACUGAUAAUGUUGAUGUUGAAAUUGAUCAUGGGUUCGAUCGUGAUAAAUCAUAUUUUGACAAUCAAGUGACAGCAGACAGGCCACCGAUUGUCGGGUACACUGGACACAUUCCCGGGGCUAAAAGUGAAAUAUCUUUGUCGAGAAGAUACGCGCAGGCUGCGAGAAAAGGCCUGGAGUCGCUGCACGAGCAACGAAAAAAUCGACUAGACUCAAUCAAUGACUCGGAAACUAUCCAAAGAGUUUUAGACACAAACUAUCUUGACGAUACUGGUCACACUAGAGCAUAAAAAAACUAAUGAUCCUGAAGUUAGCUGACAAUCAAUUAAAAAAAAAAAAUAUGCACAUGUAGAAAAUUAAAAAAACUACAGGUGCAAUUUUUUAAAAUAUUUUUUUUUUAUAAUUUAUCGUCUUAAAAAAAAUCCUAAAAUUAUUAGAUGUCGGCUGACUCCAGUAUCUUAAAAACUAACACAUGAUAUUUUUUUAUCAACCAGUUUCUCAAAUCCUAUUUAUAUUUUAUUUAUUUAGUUAAUUUUUUUACUCGAAACUCUCACUAAAAAAACCCUCCAAAGAUUAGGGGGCGGGGGGCAAAAUGGAAUAUCCCGAAAAUUAUAAAAAAAAAUUAUUUUUUAACAGGGGAAAAAAAUUUUUUCAAUUCACUUUGAAUAUCAGUACCCCCCCCCCCUACCCUAUAAAAAAAUUCCGUCCAAAAUCUCAAAAUAUUUCUCCGGAAAUAUUUACGAGAUAAAAAAAAAUGAAUUGCUAUUUUCAUUUCUUAAUUAAUAAAAGAAAUGAAAUUUAGCCCUGUAAAAAUAACUGUAAAUAUGUAGUAUGAAUAAAAAUUGUUAUUAAAAAGUAA